AUGUCCUAUCUGGCCCCAAUACAUCGGCCCAGCAGCGUACGGCACGCGGUGAAGCUGUGCUUGGUGAGUGAGGAUCAAGAAUGCCUCGUGCUUGGGAGAGGAAACCGGAUAGAGAUAUGGCAAUCCGGAGAACAUGGCAGUCUUACGAUGCUUACGUCCAAACCAAUCUACGGGACCAUCACCAUGCUCGCAAAAAUUCGCCCUGAGAUCGCCCACAGCGCCGACCAGCUCUUCGUGGGCACCUCCCGCUUCCAGUACUUCACCCUUGCCUACAAUCAAGAGACCCAAGCGUUGGAAACAAGACAGAACUUUGUGGAUGUGUCGGAGAGGCACAUGAUCGAUUCCCAGAGCCGGGACUUGGUCCUGGUUGAUCCUGCAGGGAAGUAUGUGGUGCUGGAGCUCUUUGAAGGAAUCUUGAGUUGUUUCAAGCCUCUGAGGCCGCGAAAAGGCAGGGAGGAUGUCCUCGACAAGCCCGAACAGGUGAGAAUCACCGAAUUGAGGGUGCGGGCGACGACUUUUCUAUACACUGAGACGCAACAACCCAAAAUCGCCUUAUUGUUCGAGGAUGGGAGUGGGGGCGAGGUUCGGAUGGCGACGUACAGAUUGGUGGACGAAAAAGGCACAUUGUCGAGAUUCGAUCCUAGUAAGGAUCGGGAAAACGAAAUUUCAGACUUGGACCCUGGUGCUAGUCAUCUUAUUCCGAUUCCCAAGAAUGCCGGCCAGAAGAGAUACAUUGUACGCAAUUCAACAGUGGCCAAGGCGCAUCUUGGUGGGGUUGUUGUUGUAGGCGAGACGAAGUUUACAUAUCUGGAUGACGAGAGCAAAGCGGCUUUCGAUUAUCCGUUAAAUGACGCGGCGAUUUUCGUUGCAUGGGUCAAAGUCGACGACCAACGGUACCUUCUUGGGGAUGACUAUGGCAAUCUUCACCUCCUCUCCAUAUUAAGCAAUCAUGACGGAGAAGUGAUGGGAAUGGAUCUGAUGCUUCUGGGUACGAUUUCAAAAGCUACCACGAUGGUCAAUUUGGGCGACGGCGUCUUCUUUGUUGGUUCACAUGAAGCAGAAUCACAGGUCAUCAGAGUCGACCUCGACCGCAAAGAUCACUAUAUCACGAUCAUUCAGACGAUGCAAAAUAUAGCUCCUAUCCUCGAUCUUGCCGUUAUGGACAUGGGAAACCGGGAGGGGGAGAGUCAAUCAAAUGAGUACUCCACGGGACAGACUCGUUUGGUUACUGGCAGCGGCGCAUUCCAAAGCGGGAGUCUCAGAAGCGUACGGAGUGGUGUGGGUUUAGAAGACAUCGGCAUCCUCGUUGACGAGAUAGGGGAUAUUCGAGAUGUCUAUUCUAUGCGAUCUACUGCAGGUACACAUUUCGAUGACAUUCUAGUCGUCUCAUUGCCAACAGAAACUCGCGUGUUUACAUUCCUUGGAGAGAUUGAGGAGGUUGCUGAGUUCAGAGGCCUAGAACUGAAUUGCCAGACUUUGCUAGCAUCAGGUCUUUCAAAUGGCAUGAUGUUGCAAGUUACUGAAAGCUCCGUCAAAAUUUUGGGACCUGGCCCGUCAUACGUGGCCGCGAAAUGGACGCCUCCCGCCGGAGAAUACAUCACGGACGCUUCUGCGAAUGACAGUUACGUCUUGGUUUCGGUAAGCGGCACUACUCUUGUGUCGUUGGACAUUGGACAAGGGUUGAAGGAAGUUGCAGUUCAGCCUCUGGAGGCUGCAGACCAAGUUGCGUGCGUGUACGUACCAAGAAACCUCUCUGACAUUGGAGUCGUCGGAUUUUGGAAGUCUGGCUCAAUCUCGAUUCUCAAUCUCAGCAACCUGGAAAUCAUCUUAUCAGAGGAUCUCCGACGAAAGAACAACGCCUCCAUUCCAAGGCAUAUUAUAUUGGCUCAGCUUCUUCCAGCGGUUGCGGCCGGGCCAACACUAUUUGUCGCAAUGGAAGAUGGAGUUGUCUUGACCUUCAACGUGGAUAAAUCGACCUUUUCCCUCUCAGGUAGAAAAAGCCUCGUUCUUGGAACGGAGCAUGCUAAGUUUCAUCUGUUACCUCGAGAAGGUGGACUUAACAAUGUCUUGGCUACUUGCGAGCAUCCUACCCUGAUUUACGCCUCGGAAGGCCGAAUCGUCUACUCAGCAGUGACGGCGGACGACGCUAAAUGUGCAUGUCCCUUCAACAGCGAGGAAUAUCCAGGCUCCCUCGUUGUGGCUACCCAGCGAUCCUUAAAGAUCUCCAAGAUCGACGACGAGAGACAAACUCAUGUGCGAACAGUGCAUAUAGGGAAGACGGUGAGAAGAAUAGCCUACUCUGGUGCGGAACGAGCAUUCGGAAUUGGCUGCAUCGAACGCACUAUGGCGGAUAAAGAAGAGAGAUACACCAGUACAUUCUCCCUUGUCGAAGACGUGAAGUUCGCCGAGGUCGGCAACCCGGUUCCCCUCGACGACGAGAAUGGAACAGAACUCAUCGAAUAUAUCAUACGCACCGAGGUUCUCAACGCCCGCGAGGAUCUUGCAGAGCGAUUCAUCGUCGGCACCAGCUUCCUUGAUGAGGAAUCUGCCGACCCCAAUAUCAAGGGUCGGAUUCUUGUAUUCGGGAUUGAUCCAAAGAAGAACCCCUAUCUUGUCGCCUCGCUGAAUCUCAAAUGUGCCUGCCGACGUGUUGCUAUGCUUGACGGCAAGAUUGUUGCGGUACUCAACAAGACUGUCGCCAUGUUCAAGUACGUCGAAAUAACGGAGAAGGCAGGCGAAUUCAAAAAAUUAGCCACUUUCCGCAGCUCUACUGUCCCAAUAGACAUUGCUAUUACGGAAAAUAUCAUCGCUAUAACUGAUAUGAUGCAAUCUGUAUCGAUAGUGCAAUAUACCCCGGGGAAAGAGGGUAUGCCGGAUAAACUGGAACAGGUAGCAAGAGACUAUCAAACAUGCUGGGGGACCGCCGUGACGGACAUCGGCGACAAUUCAUGGCUGGAGAGUGAUCAUCACGGGAACUUGUUGGUACUGCAGCGCAAUAUUGAUGGUAUAACACUUGAAGAUAAACAGAGGUUGCGGAUCACUGGAGAGAUGAAUCUCGGGGAGCAGGUCAAUAUGAUACGCAAGAUUGCGAUAGACCCUUCGCCAACUGCCAUGGUUGUACCCAAGGCAUUCCUGGCAACUACCGAGGGUUCAAUCUACCUCUUUUCGACCAUCCUUGACGGCUCCCAAGACCUCCUCUUGCGACUGCAAGAAAAUAUAACAGAAUGCGUUGACACACUCGGCAGGCUCGACUUUAAGACCUACCGCUCAUUCAAGAGCGCCGAGCGCACCACCGAAGAACCCUACCGCUUCGUAGACGGCGAGCUGAUAGAGCGAUUCCUAGACGAGAGCGAAGAUAUGCAGCAGCAGAUCUGUGAGGGGCUGGGAUACACCGUCGAAGCUAUCCGCGAUGUUGUCGAGAAUCUGAAGCGUCUGCAUUAA